AUGUUACCCACAGCUUCCAAAGGACGUUCUUCUUCUUCCUCCUCUUCCUCUCGACCUAAUAAUCCCAUGCUGCUUCCCUACCUGCGCAGAAUCAUCAAGUGGCAACAAAUGGAUAUUGAAUAUACUUUUUGGCAAAUGCUUCAUCUAUGUACGUCACCGAAAGUUGUCUAUCAGCAUACUAAAUAUCACAAACAAACCAAGAAUCAAUGGGCACGUGAUGACCCUGCAUUUGUUGUGAUCUGCAGUCUUCUUUUGACAGUUGCAACUUUGGCUUAUUGUGCGGCGUAUGACCAUAGCACUGCCCAUACAGUUCUUGUUAUCUUCUCAGUGUUGUGUUUCCACUUUAUAUUGACUGGUGUAUUCCUAGCAACUUUUUGUUGGUUCCUGACUAAUUCUUAUCUUCGAGAAGAGGCUCCAAAUAGCUAUGUGGUUGAACAACGUGUUGAAUGGAUGUAUGCAUUUGAUGUCCACUGCAACUCUUUCUUCCCAUUGUUUGUUUUGCUCUAUGUCAUCCAUUAUUUUCUAUCUCCUCUAUUGGUGGCUCAUGGUUUCAUUCCAGUAUUGCUGUCAAAUCUUCUGUUCAUGGUGGGAGCUUCAUACUAUCAUUAUCUAAAUUUCCUAGGUUAUGAUGUUCUGCCUUUUUUGGAGAGGACCACCUUUUUCCUGUACCCCAUUGGCAUCGUAAUUGUCCUUUCUCCCAUUUUGAUUUUAAGUGGGUUCAAUCCUUCUAGAUACUUUAUGAACAUGUACUUCAGUCGACAAAUAUAA